CGUAUUUACCAGAAAUCAGCGUGGUACUGGUAUGGUACUUCAAAUAGGAAACGAAAGAUACGUCAAAGACUAUUACAACGAUUUCGCUAAGAAGACUAGAUGGCGAUGCCACAGGAAACACCAUGGCUGCAAGGCCUAUGUGUUUACUGCCGAGCAAACUGUUAUAAAAGUUGGCGGGACUCAUAACCAUAAGUUGUAACUUAUACUCGUUAAUAUUUUAUACUCGUAGAUUUUAUAAUAAACCAGCUGUAUUCACCUCACCAUCAUUUUUUUCAAAUAGGACUGCAUCUAGAUAAAGGUCAUGUAUGUUAACAACCCCAACGGCAAGGCGAUAGCAAUUGUGAAUGGGUACACCUUCUACAUGGACGGACGGAGGAAAUUCACCAAGACCUGGCAAUGUACCAACGCUGGGAGGUGUAGAGCUAGGUUUACCACCACGAAGUGUGGGGAGGUGGUACGCGAGUUCAAUUCCCAUAGUCACCCGCCACCACGUAUCGAAUGAUAUUCGCUCUCAGUACUUCAGGGAAGCAGAUGAUGAUCGUCAACGACUACACGUUCUACUGCCAACGCCGUCUCUUCAGGACCAACAACUGGUGCUGCACCAAGAACCUGAGGUGCAAGGCUCGCAUCAUCACCACCAAAGACAACGCCAUCAUCCGCUGUUCUCUAGACCAUAAUCACUUUCCUGGAAAGUAUAUUAUACGUAAAGGAGUUUAUUACAAAUUGUAGGGUUAUUUUGAAUUUUAUUUAAAG